UACACAAAUCAGCUGAUACGGACAAUCGGAACAGCUGAGCAGCCGGGGUUAAAAAUUAUCUUUGGGCGUUAGUCGAUCCACCGAAAACUACGAAAAACUAAAAAAUAUAUUAAAGAUAUGAAGAAAUAAAAUAAGAAACUGGCAAUCCUCGAGUUGCACUUCCCAAUACACAAAGCUGGAAUGGGCCGCCGUUCUGUAACCAAGAAAUUGGUACUGUGGUCGGUGCUGGUGGUCCAGCUCUGUCUGAUUGGCUGCAUCUGGCUCCUGCAAGUGGACUACAGCCAGGAUCGGAACACUCUGGGACAGACAAGCAGCCGAGUGAACUUUGUAACCAGCAGAGAUGGCGAAGGGAAAAUAUCCCCAGACAAAGGAUCCUCUGGUGGCGACAUACAUUGUCCGCGAAGGCAGGACAACGUUAACCGCUAUGAGGCAGACUUUUACCGGAUGAAGCCGGCAGCUCUGAAUGAAACUCACCCACCGGACUACAACGUGCCUGCCUACGUAGAUGCGGAGAUGGGCCUCACAGCCAAUUUGUGGUGCUACCGCGAGGGGACCCUCAACGAGAGCCGUCAAAUCAAUUAUGUGGACUAUCUGAUGGUUUCUCCACAUUGCGAUUGUGCCAGUGGCUGGCAUGGCAGAGAUUGCGGACAACCGGAGAUCAUUUGGAGGGCUCUAAUGACUCACAGCGGAGCGAGUAAAAGGAGUGGGACGACUCCCAUCCAACUAGUUGAAGCCAGCUCCGGCUACCUGCACCGGCUAUUCUAUAUGCUGGACCUCGGAGCCUGGGAGCAUAUCAGUCUGGAGCUCUUAGAGCUCCAAAUUCAGUCCCUGUUAGACGUAGUGGACUACUUCCUCAUCUACUAUGUGAGCAAUACCACCAAACAGCGCAAUUUGAAGAACAUCCUGGGCAGCCAAACAAACUAUGUCCUCCUACAGUGCUCAUCUGCGGCGAAGUGUACUAGUUCCUUGGCUUACAGCUACUUUCGAAGACAGCUCUGGCUGCAGUGCAGCGUUCAGAUGCAAGCGCAGGACCUGCUGCUCCAUGGAGACAGCCAAACAGUUUUUGCACCAGCAGCUCUCAAGUAUCUUAAAUACUAUGCUAGAGACGUACUGCCCCUGAGGUUCAGAGUGAAGUACAACGUUUAUGGACUGUUCUGGCAGCAUCCAAACAAGACCCUCCUAAGCGGAGUGAUAAGUUCCUUGGGGCACAUGCACAGUGUCCAUGCGGAUAUCAGCCGAUUGCAGCGGCAGGCUGGCAGCCCCCUGGGUGACCUGAACCACUACGGCGGAUGGAGCUGCGAGUUUUGCCUGCCACCUGAACAAAUAAUUCUGCGUCUGCAGAGCUCCCCCCACCAGCAGUCGGCCGUAAGGCUGCCCAACGACACGCGAAAUGCGCACAUUGAUGCCACCUACAUCCAGCAAUUGAUUGGAAACGGAGUCCACAUGGAUAGCUUUACGCAGUUGCUCCGCCUGCGAGAACAGAGUGAGAAGUACUUUGCCCCAAAGGAGGCACUCCAGCACAGCAGUCGGUAUGGCCAGCUUUUGGUAAACCUCUACGAUGUAGAUGUGCUGGAGGAUCUCCAGGAUGAAGACUAGCUCUAGCAUCUCUUAUAGUUAUAGCUAUACUUUUAUUUAUUUCUAAUUUAAGUAAACUCUUAAAUGUUUAUCCCUGAGUUAUAAAAUUAGAAAUCUGCUUUUGAAACCUGCCACCUUCUCUGUUUUCGAGCAACUGAAUCCGAAAUUUAAUUUACUUUAGCAGACAGGACAAGCAGACCGUAAAAUCUGUGAUAGGAAACUACGAAAUAUGCAAGAAAUGUAUCAACUUAGCAGAGAAUUAUUCUCGAAUUGUAUAAUUACUUUUAAGAGUAAGCUUUUCACAUUUACUUUUUUAUAAUCGAAAUGAAUACAGGAAAGCUAAUUUAAUUUAAAUCAAUUAAUAAUAAAUAAAUAAUUUAUUAAGAUUGUAGAAGAAUUUGUUAACUUGCCAGAUCAGAUCAGUCAAUAUUUUUAAACAAAAAAGAAAUAUAUAUAAAAUAUGAAA